UUGGAUGGAGACGGAGGCCUCCAACGGCUUUAUGAAAAAAGCUAGCUUCUUAGUGAAAUGUUUAAUUACAGCGCUUGCGUGUACGCUGCUUUUCUGUAUUUUAAUGUAGCGUUAUAUCAGAGCCGAAACCGAUAGCUUUGUCGCAUAUUUAAUGAACAUGCCGGUGUCACCUUUCCCACCCACUCCUCCAGCCAAAAUGAUCCACAGUCUGUUCCUGGUUAACGCCUCGGGGGACAUCUUCCUGGAGAAGCACUGGAAGAGUGUGGUCAGCCGCUCGGUGUGCGACUACUUCUUCGAGGCCCAGGAGCGCGCCACUGAGCCGGAGAAUGUCCCACCGGUGAUUCCCACACCCCACCACUACCUCAUCAGCGUGCUCAGGCAUCGGAUCUACUUUGUGGCCGUCAUCCAGAGCGAGGUGCCACCGCUCUUUGUCAUCGAGUUCCUGCACCGAGUUGUCGACACGUUCCAGGACUAUUUUGGGGUGUGUACAGAGGCCGCCAUCAAGGACAAUGUGGUAGUGGUAUAUGAGCUACUGGAGGAGAUGCUGGAUAAUGGCUUCCCCUUGGCUACAGAGUCCAACAUCCUCAAAGAGCUCAUCAAACCCCCCACCAUCCUCCGCACAAUGGUCAACACUAUCACAGGCAGCACCAAUGUGGGUGAACAGCUCCCUACAGGCCAGUUGUCAGUGGUGCCAUGGCGGCGCACUGGAGUGAAAUACACCAACAAUGAGGCUUAUUUUGACGUGGUGGAGGAGAUCGAUGCCAUCAUUGAUAAAUCAGGCUCCACUAUCACAGCUGAAAUCCAGGGGGUGAUCGACGCCUGUGUGAAACUGACCGGCAUGCCAGACCUCACUCUGUCAUUUAUGAAUCCUCGGCUGCUGGAUGAUGUCAGCUUCCACCCUUGCGUUCGGUUCAAGCGCUGGGAGGCUGAGCGAAUCCUCUCCUUCAUCCCACCUGAUGGAAACUUCCGGCUCCUGUCCUACCAUGUCAGCUCUCAGAACCUGGUGGCCAUCCCGGUGUACGUCAAACACAACAUCACCUUCCGCGAGGGAAGCUCCCAGGGCCGAUUUGACCUGACCUUGGGCCCCAAACAGACCAUGGGCAAGGCUGUUGAGUCAGUCCUGGUCAGCAGCCAGCUGCCCCGAGGUGUCCUCAACACCAACCUCAACCCCUCCCAGGGCACAUAUACCUUUGACCCAGUCACCAAGUUGUUGACUUGGGAUGUAGGGAAGAUCAACCCUCAGAAGCUGCCCAGUCUGAAGGGCUCCAUGAGCCUGCAGGCCGGGGCCUCCAAACCCGAUGAGAACCCCACCAUCAACAUCCAGUUCAAAAUCCAACAGAUGGCCAUCUCAGGGCUGAAGGUGAAUCGGCUGGAUAUGUAUGGUGAGAAGUAUAAACCUUUCAAAGGCAUCAAGUAUAUGACCAAGGCUGGCAAGUUCCAGGUCCGGACAUAGAGACUCCCUGCUCUGUGGCCAUCGGAACAAACCACUACAAGACAGAGGGGCAGGUUGUGAUGGGGGAACAGAGGAGGAAGGGAGAGGAGUUGGUACAUUCCCUGUAUAUAUACAUUUCAGGAUUUAUCUACAUAAAUUGGAGACUCCUCUGUAGCAGUUCAGAAUGGACCCUUGCACAUAAAAAUCUCUACUGAAGCAAAAGAGUUAGAUAUAUAGUAUACAGGUUAGAGCUUGGCUCAGUUCUGACAGUUUGAACCCAGCGUGACCCGAAUCCAAAGCAUUUCUGUUUCCGUCCAAACUGAGCCUGAUGGCAGUUAGCUUUGUCUGAGGCCCAACUCAACUAAAACCCAGUAUUACUGACAAUUUUCUGUUAACAGAUAAAACAGCAGAAUGUUUUAUCUUUAGCUCAAACCAAACCCAAGUAACCAAGUGAGAAAUUCAUCACAGCUUGGGUCCAGAUAGGUCCUAUCAAGUUCGGUCCCAAAUUUCAAACUCUAACAAAAUGCAGAAGUUCACCAAGUUGUACUGUACUGUGUUUCAGCCUUUCUUCCAAGCAGCGAGCCUGAUCUGUCUGUCAUAUUUCAAAUGGUGUGUUAUGAUCCUUGUUCAGUUUCUUUUAAGUUGCACCAGUACCAGUACAGGUCUUGGACAUUGGGCUAAUAAUAGGUGAAAAAAGAUGGUACACAGAAAUGAAUUCUUUUUCAUUGAAGUUCAACAUGUCUGAAAUCCUAACAGAGUAACCCGAUUAGCCCAUGGCAAAGUCGGUACAGUUCAGUCAGACUAGUAGAUUGGUUUCAUAUGCUGUGUCAACCCAUUGAAUUGGUAUUGGCAGUCAAGCUUCUGCCAUGCUACCAGUAUGAAACUUGUAAAUCAAGUGAAGUAUUGUCAUUUUUUCACAGAUCAUACUCCUUAUUCUUUUUUUGUGCGCCUUGAGGGGAAAAAGUCCCCACAGCAGCGUGCCAGUGAAAAGUGAUAUCACUGUAUCCCUGCUCCAAGCUUCCCACACCUUCUGCUGUUCAGUUUUCUUCUGAUCCCCUGAUUUCCUUCUCAACUGUUCCAGCACUCAUCUGUUUUCUGUUUACAUUCCUCUGUGUUCUAUUCUUGUCCUCCUCUUUUCUCUUUCCAAUAAUUUGAUGACUUUGUCAGCAGCACAGGAGUCAGCACACUGACAUAUGAGAAUGUGACACUGAAGCCGUCCUCUUAAAUCAUGCACUACCACAUCUGCUUGUACUAACAUUUCCAUUUGACGCAGUUCAAGCGUCUGUAGUUACUGAAACUGUGUGCUAGCUGUUCUUUUUGUUGAUCUUUGAAACAUUUCAAAUAGAUGUCCACUUAUUUUCGGCAUUUUAAUAACUUAUUUAUUAGAUUGAUGUGACAGAUAAGAACUAAAUUGUGAUCCAACUGCUGGAGCACCAUGUAUCGUAUACAGUAUACAUAGUGCCCCCUCCUGCAUACUCUUAUUAAAUGCUUUAAGAUGAUCUCCACAGAAUCCAGACAUGAACCAUGCCUGUCCCUUAAGACAGUGAUGCACAGGGCAACUUUUUGGGCAAUUGUAGUGGGCAGCCAUUGGCAGCAAUUUCCCCGGCAAUUUUUUUUUUAAAUCAUAUAUUAACACGUUGUUUGUAGAUUUUUGAUGCUGUGUCAGUUUGUUAGUCUUGAGGCGUGUGGCCCAUCUCCAGUGUCUAAAAUGUGCUUGGUGCAUCAUUUCCUUACAGUUAGAGAAACUGUACAGGCAGUGGCAGGUUUUCCUCUUGUAUGAGUUGUGUAUGUUUACUACUGAUUCAUGUUGCUCGCAUUCCCUGUGUUCACAUGCGCAAAAUAUUCUAGAUACCACUUCAUAUUUCAGGUGAGGUCAUAAGGUGUUUAUGUACCUUAAUACCCUGAUUACAAAUAUACUUGCUUACAUUGUAUAAACAUAACAUCUUGAAUGUUACCAUGGCAACUGAGCAGGAGCAGUCUGCAGAAGCCAGAGGUAAUACUCAUAAGAUACAUACAGGUCUCUGUAGCGUCCACCUGAACCAUACUGGAUGUCCCACAAGUGGGAUAUUUGUUCAUCUUUGUCAUUAUGGUGUUUUCAACUUGAUUGAAACAGUUGAUGAAUCCAGGUCAUGUUGGAAUAUUUAUGUGCUUGUAAACACACCCACUGAUUACAUGUUGCGGUGUGACGGUGAGGCACCUAUUAAGAAUGUUAAAGGUUUGCAUUUUAUGUUUACAGCAUUUUGUUUGUGUGUUUGUCAAAUAGCCUCCAAAGGGGUUUUACAAUGGUAUUAAAAUAAAUAAAUUAUGAUUUGAAGUGCUC